GCAUUUUCAGAUAUGGCUGGCCCUGCUCCAUACGAUUACUUCCUUCCCGGACCGCGGGAUGGAGGUUUAGUACUGCACAGACAGCAUGAUCACAGGUCCGACACGGUUUGGCAGCAUCCGGAGACUUCGGCUUUGGGCUCGCGCAGGAGUGCCUCAUUGACCCGAAUAGAGGAUAUUCAUCCGCGCAUUCGAGAUGGAGUAUUGCGGACAGCACUGGGACCCUUCAUUACUAUGCGGCAAUACACCGUAGACAUGACUCUGGUGACUGCAUUAGUUGAGCGGUGGAGGCCGGAGACCCACACUUUUAUGUUUCCUGAGGGGGAGUGCACAAUAACCCUUCAGGACAUAGCGAUCUUGACGGGACUCCCCAUAAAUGGGGCUGCUGUUACCGGACCGACUAUCAGAGGUUGGAGCAGUGUUACUCGCCGACUGCUUGGGAGAGAUAUGGUAGGGAGUAGAAAUUGUCAGGGAUCCUUUGUUACCACUAGUUGGCUAGUCGAUGAGUUUGAUAGCUUCACACGGAUACCUGAUGCGGCUUCAGAUGAGCAGAUCGACUGGGCAGUUCGGGCGUACUUGUUGUUCCAUCUACACGCCUGGUGUUUUUCCGACACGAACAGCGGGCAGAUCGGACUGAGGAUUCUUCCACAUCUGGAGGACUUGACGGCAAUAGGGAGCAUUAGUUGGGGUUCAGCGGCGCUCGCACACCUUUACCGCGAGAUGUGCUUGUGUACUAUGGUUUCGCAGAAUAGGCGAAACAUCGGGGGGCCGCUUUGGAUUCUUCAGCUAUGGGCAUUCGAGUACAUCACGCCGCUGGCCACUCCUCCUCCUCCACAGUUCUCACAGCAUCCGGCUUCUGCUUUUACCCCGUUCCAGGCGACUCAGACGGCGCAGACACCUCCUCCUCAGACACCUACGUAUUUGCCGACUGUUCCUGUAUUUGACGAUUCUUGGAACUUUAGCUCCCUGACCACUCCUCCCUCACAGCGGUCCCGACUUAUGGAGGGGGGCUACAUUCCGAUGCUGCCAGGUCAAGAUCCGGGCUCCUCUUCUCGCCCGACUCAGAGUCCCUCCCAGAUGCAUUUUUCUCUGGAUGAUCCUUGGAUCAACAAUUUGGUUCAGGACCCACAGCCGUUUUGUGACUUCCAAGGAAUGCAGGCUCCUUCUUUUUCUCUGGGAUUAGGGUUAGACCCCUCCUCACAGGCUCCUGCUCCUGAGGUGGAUGAUGAUGACGAGAUUGAGGAUGUGGCCAGUCCAGUCGCCGAUAGUGGAGAGAGAAGCUCCGGACCAGAUGGAAGACGUUACCGCCGUUUGACUGAUAGUCAGACGAGUCGACGUGUCAACAGGGGUUACGACAUGAGGACACGCUUACGGAGUCCUGAUAGAUCAGACUUUACUGAGUAG